CAGGGCCUUGACGUCAGAGCGGCAGGACACAGGUCGGCUCGGCGCUGAAACGUUGCUCAGCUUGCAGAGGGGGGAGCGGUCUAAACAAGUCAAUUAUUUUGCUAACUGUUGGCUUGCAAAAAAAAGGUGACAUUCGGUAGACGUGAUUGAUAGUUAUCAUAGUAUUUGUUAGUCUGGGAUUUUUAAAUGAUAUACAAUACACAUUAACUUAGUGUAAGUAGAAGUGAUGGACAAAACAGAUUUACUAAGUACCGGUUUCGGAGCGCUUAUUGCUCCCGUGUAAGGCACUUGUCUAGGGUUAGUAGAGCUGUAGGUAAGGUUAUAGUUGGAGGUAUCAGAUAGUUUUUUAGAAGUCUGCAAUCUGUAAAAAAAGAAAUUAGCCAGGAAUCCGGUUAUCCUUCUCCCCGAAUGUCAUGGAGGAAGCGGUAAGCGCAGGCCCUUCAAACAAUGAGCCGUAUGGAGAGGCAGACAAAGGACCGCAGAGCUCCGGUGACAAGCGGAAUCCUGCCGGCUGCAGGAAGCAAAUUGACAGCGCUGAUCGCGGAGGGUUGCGAACAGGGCCUGGCGAUUCUGCCAGUCAGGAUGCGAUUCGGAAUACGCCGGACCUGAGGGUUAGUGCUGCAGUUUUGACCGAGAGUUCGGAGCCCGUGAUCCCUGCAGUUUUGACUUAUGUUCCCGCAGAUGAAUCUGGAAAUGGGAAAGGAUGCAGGAUAGCUGCUGAAAAGAAACAGACUUUAAGUAAGUUAAACACUUCUGUAAAAAACCUACUAGGACUCAAUCAGAAAGUUUUAGAAACUCCCGAGAGAGGGAUUGCAACUCCUGAUGUUUAUUCUAAAAACAAAGAAAAUGGGAAUACUGAUGACAUGGAGCGAGAGGCUUUACAAAAUGCGAUUGAGUUGGAUUUAAACAGAACUGCAUCAACCCAGCACCAUGCUUAUAGUACAGCAUGUAAAGCUUUAAAAAAAUCACAACUAUCGCAUGACACCACCAGCAAACUGGAUGUGUACGACAAUUCAAUCAAAAGCUUUGAAACUCAAGGUGGGUUUGAUUUUCAGUACCCUUCUUUGGCUGAUAAAAGCAACGUCGUGUGUCGUCACUCUGAAUCUGGCAACAAUACGCACCAACCGAGCUGUAGCAGCAUUAAGGAUCAAACGGAUAUUAUUACUGUAGAGGCUUGCAACUUUUAUAAAUUAUUUGGUGCCGGGGGGCAUAGCGAAAUUAAGAACAAAUCAGACGAUUGUUUAAUAUCUGAAAGAUUAAAUUUGCACAAGCUGCCCUCGGAGAAAACAAAUGGGGGUUUGCACCAAGAGCCCUUGAGUUUACCCGAUGCACAGCUUACUGGUAAUGAGGGUCGUCUGAGUACUGAUGGACUCAGCAACGGGACUUCUGUUGCAGCAUCGCUGGAAGAUGAGGUGUCUGAGUGCAGUAAGGACGGUAGCCUGGCAGGAGAAGAAGGAGCCGAAAUAUCUGAAGAAAGGCGGUCCUUGCCUGAGGUUUGCUCAGCAAGUUCUUUCAGCGAGCAGGACGAUCUCAGUUAUGAGUUACAACAAGUUUAUAGAAUAUUGAAUGGCUUUAUGUUGGAAAAGCACAAAGGCAUCACGGCUCCCUUCAUGAACCCCGUGAGCGCAUCACAGUACGAGGAUUAUGACCGUCGUGUCCAGCAGCCUAUGUGGUUGAGAAGGAUGGAAGAGAAGUUCAUCAACAGGGAGUAUGAAACUAUCACCGAGUUUGUGAGCGACUUCAGGUUGAUGCUGGAAAACUGCUACAGGUUUCAUGGGGUUGACCACUGGCUUUCUAAGCAGGCACAGAAGCUAGAAAUGAUGCUGGAGCAAAAGCUGACAUUGUUGUCCAGGACUCUUCGAGAGAAGACCUCUCUUGCAAUGACGUCAAAAGGGCGGUAUGGGCUGGAUGAGGAGAAGGGACUGGUGAGCAGCUCCAGCCGGAGGCGCUCUGUUCCCAGGAGCCUAGGAGCCUUGACAACAGGAGCCAGCGAGUCCCUCAUGGUUCAGGCCCUCAGGCUGGAGGAGCAGCAGAGAGCGAAGGAGGAGAGAAGGCAACGCGAACAGGAGCGGAAAGAGGCAGAGGAGGCGACCACCAAGGAGCUAGAGGACUGGGAGCGCAGCCUGCUUGCCCAGGCUCACCCACAGUCCAUGGAGACCCUGUGGGAGCUGCCAGCCAUUGGCCACUUUCUAUGCCUGGCACAGCAGGCCCUCAACCUCCCAGAGAUUGUCUUUUUUGAGCUGGAGCGCUGUCUUCUCAUGCCUCGAUGCAGUUCCUUUCUGGCCAAGGUCAUGACCUCUCUCCUCAGCCAACCUCAGAGAAGGGCCACCCUGCACCGGCGCCCAGCCCUGACCUAUUGUAGCUGGGAAGCUGCCCUCCGGCAGAAAGUAAAAGGGUGGUAUCGGCUCAUGGGGCAGGCUGAGGACGUGUCAGCUUGUGCCGAGCAGCUGGGGCUGUGCCCACAGUUCUUCCGGGUUCUUGGCAAAAGCACUCCUCUGGAAGAGAGGCCCUUCCACCUGCUUCCUUUCUACCAGCGGGUGUGGCUGCUCAAGGGCCUGUGUGACUGGGUGUAUGAAACUCAGAAAGAGGUGCAGGACGCCGUGCUGGGUCAGCCGAUCCACGAAUGCCGGGAGUCCAUCUUGGGAUACGAUGGACGUGAGAACGCUUACAUCCACUUCCCACACUUCUGUGGGGCCGACCUGCGCAUCUACUGCCAGAGCCCCAGUGCCUCACCAGAGUUUCCCAUGCCAGCCAUCUGUGUGAGGAGGCAAGACCAAGAAGAGGCUACUGCCAAAAGCGGAGAGGCAAGGCUUACCGCUAAUUGGUGCACCGUUGCGAAGGAGAACUGCAGAGAGCAAAGGACUGAUGAUGGUGCUGAAAAUGUGAAAGAGGACAAUGAUGAAACUGGAUCUGCGUGUAUCCAGGCACCCCUCGUAAAAGAGAUUUCAUUGACUGAAGGGUGUCCAAACUGGGACAAUAUCAGGGUAAAAUCAGAAUCUAGUGAAGACAGUCAAUCUGAUAAAAAAAACAAUAUUUACAACCGCCUGUCAUGUAAGGAGGAAUCUGAGGAGGAUUCUAAGAUAAUGAAGAUGGUACAUAUGGAAGUUGAACACAAUCUCGAGAUUAAAGAGGAAAUGGCAUUUUCUGAAUGUGUCCCAAUGAAUUACAGCAACACACAGUCUUCAUCAGGUGGUGAUCAGAAGAACUGUGAGGUCAAUUUAACGAGCCCAGAGACACUGGGGAGUCCUGAGUUCACAGGCUUACAGCCACCCCUGAGUCCUGGUGAGGUCCACUCUGUAAAUAACAAAGUACCUCUGCUGGCCCAAAACUCUUGUGCCUCCUGUGGCUCUCAUAUUAAUCUUCACUGUCACCAAGACAAGCACCACAGCCGCCCAGCGUCCCCAGAACGCAAUGGGGUAUCUCCCAAGCACUCUGCCCAGGAUGGCCUGGUUGAGGGGAAGGGUACCCGAAUGCGUACCAAGAAAAAAAAGAAGAAGAAAAAGAAACUGAAGGAGCUGGGGUUGAAAGAGGGGCAGAAUAAGCUCGGCGGGGUGCGACAUAACUUAUCCAAGACUUCAAGGCCUGAUCAUCAGAAGGCAAUCGCCACUGCUAAGAAAAAAGACAAACGAAAGAAGCGCAAGUCAGGAAAAAAAUCUGACUCCAGAAAGACUACUGCAAAGAAGAGAAAAACUGGUCCCAAGCUCCCAGCUGAACCCACAUUUCAGCUGGUAUGUACAAAUCUCGAUGAACUCAGGAAGUUGAUCAAGAAAACUGAGGAAGAACUGAAGGAACUAGAAAAUGCUCGAAAGAAAUCUGACAUUCUCCCAGAAGGAUUUUGGCAUGUUCAGGGGAAAUGGUACUUCAGGAGACAAGCUGUGAAGGAAUUACAUGGCACUCUGAUGAGGCUGCUUAAUGAAUUGACACCCUGGGAGCCCAAGCUGGUAAAAGCCUUCCACAGAAACAGAGCACGGCUGAAAAAGGAUUUUGAUGAUUUUAAAAAGCAUCCUGAGUAUGCCAAUUUUGUCAGAGAAGUGUGGACAGGAGAGGAGGGUGAAGGAGAUGGGGGCAAAGAGUGCACAUCUGCAGAGAGCAUCACACAAACAGAUGGUGCAGAAAACCAGGACCAGGUUUUGAAGAGAGAACUUAUGACAGCAGGGGACACACGGCAGCAAGGGACAGACUCAUCAGUGAGGAGUCGGGUGUUGAAAAAAGAAUUUUCAUCCCAAGAUGGGCAGAAACUGCCUUCCAAAAAUCCGAAACGCAGACAAAGUGGUAGCACUGAUGAGGAAAUAACUCCCAGAAAGAGAAACAAAACUGGUGGCAGUGAGGAGCAGAUGUCACCUAGACCACAGCCUGAAAUGCGAGUGGGAGAAUCAAAACUAGCCAUACAGCCCCUGACUCCAGAAAAUUCCAAGGGUUCAACUGUCCCCAUUUUCCUAAAGGGAGGCAAACCCAUCCAAGCCUUGUUGGCCAAGAAUGUUGGGAACAAAGUGACCUUAAUCAGCCAGCCUUCAGCACCUGCCAGCCAGAUGUCCAAUAAGGCAACUGUUCUACCACAGGCAAUGAAACCUCUAACGUCUGUGCAGUCCACACCGAAAAGUCCUGUGCAGGUGGUCUACAAGAUGUCUAAUAAUAGCUGCACACCUUUGGAUUUACUCAGGAAAGGGAGCGGUCCUGUGAAGAUUGCAGUACAACCAGUUCUAGAUCAGAAGACAGGAGAAAAGGUAAUGCAGCAGGUGGUCAUCUUGCCCACAAACUUGCUUAUCCAAAAGCAGCUGGAGAAGGAUUCUCAGAAGCAGAAGAACCCAGGUGUUCCUGCCUCUAAAACUGCCUGUACUUUGCCUUACCCCCUUAGCAAUGCUCAUCCUGAUGACGUGAGUAAGAUUCCUGUGCAGCAAGUUGCCCCAUUGAAUGAUGUCUCUGGCAGGGGCUUCUCUUCUUCCAGUGUGUCUAACAGUUUGCACAUAAUGAAAACACCAAAGACAGAGGUGGUAGCAAUAUCUUCAACCUCCACCUUAAUCGGUACCUCUGUCUCUAAAACAGGGCCAGUGCAGUGCCUGACACAAAGUGCAGUGCCCAACAGAGCUAUAGCUGCCAGUGCUCCAUCAGAGAGCCCCAGCAGAGCUUCUGAUUCCAAGCAGGAGCUGAAAACUGUGUGCAUCAGAGACUCUCAAUCUAUUCAUGUCACAACCAGGGGAGGAAAUACAGGGGUCGUCAAGGUGCAGACCAGCUCUGACCACAGCACUUCUAGCCUACCUUCCAGUCCAGUUUUCACCUUUACCCCACAGUUUCAGGCAUUUCUGGUUUCUAAGUCAUCUGCCUCUUCUACUUUAACUCCCUCAGGAAGUACCUGCACUGUUGCAGCUACAUCACCAACAGCCUUUUCUUUGUUUAGUGGAUUGCCCUUUACUGGCUUGUCUCAGAUUUCCUCAGCUAUCUCUAUUCCUGUCAGUGUGAGUCAGGCAGUAGGGACAACUGUCAACGUUGCAUUAAACCAGCACAAAAGUGCUUCUCUCACUGUGCAGGAAGCUACAAGUAAGUCCACAGCAUUGACAGCUUCUCGACCAUCGGUUGCUAUGAAUCCAGCAUUGCCCACCACUCAGCAAAACACUGUCAACAUAGCAGUCUCUACAGCAAGCCUGGCUAAACCCAGCAAGGUAAUCACACCAACUACUGUGGUGCAGUAUGCCAACAAACUUCCAACCAAGAGGUCUCAACCAGAGGCAUGUUUGGAAGAACAAUCGCCCUUACAGAAAGUCAUCCUUGUUACACCACCAUCUGGCAUUGCCUCUCCUGCACCUUUAUCAAAUGUUAGCUCUUGUACUGCUGCUUCCACUGUUCAAACUCCAAGGCUAAUGUUUAUAACCCAAGCAUCUGCCCCUGUUCGUCACCCCACUAUUGGAAAUUCAAAACUUCCAGAGCAAUCUUCCUCCACGGACUCCCCUGCAGCAUCCCAACCUUGUGUCCCCACUUCACCUCAAGUCAAAGAUGUGAAGAUUGGCCUGAAUAUAGGUCAAGCCAUUGUCAAUGCUGCUACUGACACAUUGCAGAAUAUUCAAGUGAUUGGCUUGUUACCUGACUUUGCUACUAGGUUACCAGAAGAACCCUUGAAUCAGGUGAAGCGGAAUAAUAUUUCUGGAUUAGAAUCAGGUAUGAAAAAUAUACACAGUAGUCCAAGUGUUGCUGCAGUCAGUGGAUUACUUUCUGCUCAGACUGCUGUUAGUCUUAGUGGACCCAGUACUGACGCUUCAAAAAGUACGGGUUCAACAUAUAGUAAAGCCAGUGGAUGUAAUGACGGCACACACCUGUCUUACUCAACUCUGAAAGCUGGACAUUUUGCAUCCUCUCUUCUUAUAACUGCUUCUAAACAGCAGGAUAUUUCAUCUGCCAGCACUUCCUUGGCUUGUGCUUUGAGCAGUACAUCAGUGGGACAAACAGGAGGUAGUGCUCCAAAGACUGCUCUAGCUCCUUCCAUGAGCAGUUUCAUUCAGAAUGACCCAACAGUAAUGAAUGCACUUCCAGCCAGGACGUCAGUACUUGCUUCUGCUGUGAACAAGCUACGAUGUCCAAUCCCACUUUCCACAAAACGCCUCCCAGUAUCCUUGACCUCGUUUACCACAUCUCAAAACCAGCCACGCAAUGUGUCAACCCCCACACAAAUCUUCAGCACCCCUGUUCCUGCUCCUAGACCUGCCUGCCAGCCUACUGCAGUCAACCCUUUGAAUGAAACUUCUGUGCAGCAGAAAAUUGUGAUCAACACCACCACACCACUUGCUCCUGGAACCCAAAUUGUUAUUAACAACACUAGGUUUAUUGUCCCUUCUCAUGGUCUUGGUCCUGGGAGCCAUGUGCUCCUCAUAUCUAAUCCAGGUACUUCUGCCACUGGGCCUCAGGGAGGCUCUCAAGUUGCCCAGAAGAGUCUGUCGGGUGGAUCAGGUGCGGUUCCCUCUGGCACUCCAAGCCAGAAGCCAGAAGCCAAGGUGGUAUCGACAAAUGCACAUUGUUUAAAUAGUCCAUAUAUACCACAGACUUCCACAGCACUGAAGGUAAACCUUUCUCAGGCUCUUCCCUCUUCUCAAGUGAAUUCUCUUGGGAAAGGUAUUGGUAAAAGUUUGGCAGCCAGUAGUGCUGUUUCUGUUGUUCCAGUUUCACAAUCAGUGGCAGCAGGUUCAACUUCACAUCAUGGUCACUCCAGUGCUGCCAAGAUUUCAACAGUAGCAUCAUUGACUGAGGGCAAAGGCUUAUCAGUUGCUUCAGUACAAGCUCUAAGUACACUUGUGAAAGAGAAUAUUGCAGUGACAGCCCCGCAGACAGAAAGCUUAGUCAGCAGCACAAAAGCUGCAGGACCUACAAAUAUAGUAACUAAAGUACAGCUGACAUCAACUGUACAGCCAGUCGGGGCCUCUGUUUCAAGGGCACAAGUGCUGCCUACCGCCACAGUACCACCAAUAGGCAUUGUAGUCUCUAGGGUACAGUCUUUGCCUGUAGCAAAAGUACCACCAAUAGGGAGUACCUUCAACAGGAGACAGAUUUCCCCCAUAGCAACAGUACCCCCCUCAAAUAAUACAGUUAUAAUGGCACCUGCUCAGCCUCUCAGGGGGACAGGCUUGGAACCAGUGAGGAUGCCUCUGCUUUUAACUAACUCAACACCCAUGUUAAGCACAGCACCCCUGCCUGCAAGCUCUGCAGCACUUCUGACCAGUGCUUCUCCCAGUAAGCUAAUGGUGAGUCCAGAAGGAGCCAUUUUAAAUGCCAUCAGAAGUCCCAGUUCCAAUCUAUUACCAGUGUCCAAGGCUGUGGCUACAGUGGUGGUGACACCAAGUUCCAGUACAGGAAGAGUGCUGCCUAUCACGAUGGCAGACAAUCCUCAAACUACAGCGGAGCCAGAUAAAGGAAGAUCCAAUAACUGAGACUAUAAGGCGGUGCGCUAGAGUACUGGAUGAAAGUAGUCCAGAUGUUAUUUCAUAACAUACGAAAUUCUGCCUGCUCAAGCAGUUCAGUUUGGAUGUGCUGUAUACCAGUACGCGGCAUUUUCCUGACACAAAAUGCGGUAUUUCAAUAUGGAAAUAAAAUGUGAAAUCCCUCUGAAUUAUAUUGUUACAGUUUGGCAAAAACUAAAUGGAAAACAACCUACAAAUGUGGCAAUCAAGACUUGCUAUCACUGACGAUAGCAAAUGGUGCCACAGGCUGUGACUCUGCAAAGCCAGUUAAAGCCUAUAUUACAUGUUUAUAUACUAUAAUGGACAAUACCCUUGAAUACACAAAAUGGAAUUCACUUUCCAUAAAGUGAAUUAUCAAUAUGUUCAACAAAAAUACAUUAACCUGGAACAUCUUUCCCCCUGAAGGUACUUUUGGAUAAUUUGCUUUCCCUAGCUGUGUAAACAAUAACCUUCUAAGGAUAAGAACUCCAUGGAAUUGCAUAUCCAGGCAUUGGAGCCACUUUCCUAAGACUUUUCAGUGGGUGACUAAAGUAAACAUAGUUAUCUUCUUUUCAUGCUGCCUCUGUUUAUAGUAUCACCUUCCCAUAUGACCAGGAUUUCCUCUGAUUGUUUUCACAUUUGUGAACAGUAGACUCCCUAUAAGCAGCAUUCUGUAUAGUACCGUCUCCAUUCUCACAAGUUUCAAUGCUCUGCCCUAGGCUUGGUUGUAAGUGAAAAGAGGACUGUAUGUAUGUUUAUAUAUAUAUACACACUAGUAUGUUUGAUGCCAGUCUGGAAUUAUAUGUUUUUGACAGAUGUGUGGUGGAUUUAUGACAGCAGUGCUCCCAGAAAUGCAUCAGUGAUGCUAAGUGCUAAGAGGACAAACUGUCUAUUUCUACCUUUUACAUAUUCAAGGCUGUUUAAGCUAUCACUUUUUAUCACUGUUUGCAAGUGAAAGAUAGUUUUUCAUCCCGAAAUGAAAGUCAUUUGUUAAUUUCUACAAAGAAAAUGCUUACAUUUACACGGUUAGAACGGUUCACACAAGGCAGUAUAUUAAUAAUGACCCUUUGCAGUACUGCAAAUUGAAAAAAAUUGAAUUACUUUUACUUUCCUACCCCAAACAGGCUUGUUGUUACAACAGACAGGGAUGCAAAGAAACGCCUAAGACUUAAAUUAAUCUUAACAGAACAAUGAAAUUGUUUUUGAACAAAAUCUCAUUGUUCUAUUUCUUAAAUCUGUAAAUCGACAGUCUUUGAGACACCUAGAUUACCCAGUAACAGAGUAAGGUAGUUACAACUGUAGAAGCCCACAUUCCACCCUAGCUGACAUGCUCUACAUUCAUAACCACACCCCCAUAUUAAAAAAACAGGUCAAGGAGUAUUGUUUUAUCAAGAGUUGUAUACAUUUAUUUAUAAAUGGGUCUUCUGUUCACUUCACCCUUUACCACUGGUUAUAUUGCUGAUAACUUUGCUACUGCACGGUUACGUUUCUAUGUAAAAUUGUAGACAAAUUUUGAUAUUAACAGUUUUGGAAUCAAUUAUGAAUUAAUGAAUCGUUUAGAUUUAAAAGAGAUCCUCCUCGGAAGUUUAUUUGCCCAGGCAACAACACCAUCAGUUCUUAAGUGUCAGCUGUGCAAAGCUUCAGCACGCUGUCUUUUGAUUGGACGUGUAGCAUCUCUUGCAGGUUUCUAUUAGCUUACUCUAGUAAACACAAGGUCAGUUUGUCAGUUACUGUGUGAUUAUACAGUCUGUAGCAGAUGUGUGUGAAAGUGAGGUAACAGUUUCUGUCAUCAGAACUGUGUUCUGGAAAACAAGAGCUUUAUAAAAGGCUUAGUUCACCAGAGAAAAUGAGUGAAGAUGUUUACAACACACAGGUUCAUGUCAUGUGUUCUUCAUUUAUUCAUUUAAGAAUAAACUGAGGUUCUGAAAGGCUAUUAAAAUGUGUUAAUACCACCAACUACCAUAAUUGAUCAUACCAAUUUACAAUAUUUCUUUGUCCCUUAACAUUGUACUUUUUUUUACUAUCUUGUUAGUAAAACUCUUGAUUAAAACAAGACUACCCCUCCCUUCUUCCUCAUUGCUUUUAGUCAGGUGUUGCAAGGUGGAUAUUAGAAGUAGUUAAUACAAGAUCUGAAGGAAAGAAAAAUGAGAGUGGUAGCCAUCUGACUUAGAAUUUGCAGAUGUGAUGAUCCAGUGUAAGAUCAAAGGUCCAUGAUGAAACAAAGGAUGAAGGUAAAGUCACCCUGAAAUGUAUCAGCUGUUUCUCAGUAUCAGUAUUCAUUGUGGGAUUGUGAUGCCAAGUGCACCUUUAGGGAAAAAAAAAGCAAAUAUAAAACUUAUUUUUUUUCUCUGAAAUGGUACAGUCAUCUUUGUUAAACUCUUAGCUCACAGACCAGGGUUAGUAAUAGUCAUAGACUUGUUUACGUUAAAUAACCUUAAUAAAAAUUCAAGCAUAAUACUAAUUGUGGGCUGUGAAAUGGCUGGUCUGUGGAUUUUCUGUAAGUCUGAAAUAAGGUUUUUUUUGUAUAUUGAGAUCAACAGUGACAAAGGUUUCACCUAUUUGUCAUUUUUCCGAAAACAGUUGUCCAGUAUUUUGUUUCAUUUGAAUAAUUGCCAACAUUCAUACAUAAGAAAUGAAGUUGGAAGAUGCUGAACUUGUAAAUAUUUGUUUGAACCCGCCCUACUGAACAUAUGUAUGGAAUUGUAAGGUGUUAUUUAUGUUUUCUGUUUACAUAAUGUAUAGAUUUUUUUAAAGUAUUUUAUUAGAUAUUUUGGACCAUUGCAUUGUUUAGGAAAUUGCAGAAUUCUCUGCAUGGAAAUAAAGAGAACAUUCUUUGUAUA